AUGUCGACUUCCAGCCAAACCAUCGACGUCGAUGCCCUGCUCGACUUUUCUGCCUGUGAUGGCAGCUACAAUUCGCCGUCGUUGUCGCCCUCGACAGCGUCAAAGCCCACUUUCGCCAGCCCAGUCACAGCCGCCGUCAGCACUCCCAGCCUGCCCUCAACGACCCAGACACUGAGUGGCCCUAGUCACAAUUAUGACAUGUACCGCCAGCAGACGGGAUUCGUGCCUGGCGCUCUGACAAACACUAUGGCCGUAAACCAGACCAACAAUACUGGUUAUCAGGACUUCGGCAGCCUCGACUAUCUCUCUAGUUUCAGCCCUGAGAAUGAUGUCUUUGAUUUCAACGCUUCACCUUCGCAGGGCACCAUGGAGAUGGAGUUUGAGUCCCCUGCUGAUUCGCAGUUCUUUCCCACUGUGAACCCCAGCAGCAUCGAACACGACACGUCCGCUCUCUCACAGACAAGCAGCGUUGGCCGUCUCUGGCCCGGUGCCCACUCGCAAGCCGCUCUCGCAAAGGCCCAGGCUCAGCAACGACAGCAGCAGCAGCAGCAGCUCAUCCAGCAGACUCAGCGCCAGACCUCUCCAAAGUCUCGCGGCAAGGCUCCUCAACCCACUGACCCUAUCGUCGAGCAGAAGAUUACCCAGCUCCUAAAUUCGAUGCGGGCCAAGCCUGCCUCCAAUGAGCCCGAGUCUCAAUCCGUUCUCAACAACCUGCCCAGGACCAAGAAGGAUGAGGAGGAAAUGGAUGAGGACGAGCGCCUUCUGGCCAGUGAGGAAGGCAAGAAGCUUAGCAGCAAGGAGCGACGACAACUUCGAAAUAAGGUGUCCGCUCGUGCUUUCCGUUCCCGCAGAAAGGAAUACAUCUCCCAGCUUGAAGCCGAAAUUGCAAACAAGGUCAACGAGAAUGGUGACCUGAGAUCACAGAACCGUGCCCUGAUGGAUGAGAACAAGCGGCUGACAGAUCUGACCCGCAUGCUUCUUUCCUCCCCGUCAUUCUCUACUUUUCUUGACAACCUCAGCGCCAACCCUACCGGACUCCCACAAGGCUCUCCUGUCAAAAUUGAACAGAACCCACAGCAGGAGCAGAACCAGGUCCCCAAGGAUGUCAACGCCUACAACAGCCAAUUCUCCUCUCAGCAACAAAUCGGAAUGGCCAUGAUCCCUGAGCAGACCAUGGACUUUUCUCUCCUCAGCCUCGGUAACACAUACAACUUCCAGCCCCAAGUCUUUGUUGUGGACACUCCUGAAGUUCCCAAUGCCAUUGACGCUUCUGUCCUCUCCGGCAAGACGUCCAACUUUGUGGAGGAGUCGUUUAGUUCUGAUGACGAGAAGGUCGAAGUGCCCGUCAUUGAACGCCCUCUCAAGACCAAAGCUAUUGAGACACCCGAGGCUCCUGUUGAUGAGGAGUUUGAGUCUGACCCUGAAUUUGCCCUGUUCCACUCUGAACCUGCUACCACUACCACAACGCCCAAGGACAUUGACACCGAAAACCUGGCUGGUAUUGACCUCUUUGGUGGUAUCGAGUCUGAGAAGAUGUUUGCCCGUUACGAACUUGUCAAUGCUACGGAGGAGGAGGCCACUGCUGCUUUCGCCAUGGCCCGUGUCCAAAGAAUAAGUGCCAACAUUGACUCCGUUGUGUCAAGGUUAGAACUUUUGACCAUGGACAUAUAA